GUUAUUUGAAAGGCAGUUGUUGAUUGCGGCUUGCUUUGUUGUUGUGUUCGUUGUUCUUCCGGCAGCAAACUGCAUUUUUAAAAAAUCAUUUUGUAACUUGUAUCAAAUUAUUAUAGAUAAAACUGUAAUAACUAGUGAAAUCUAGCAUUGCCAGAUAAUAAAUAUAUACAGUUUGUUACCGUAUUUCAAACUAGUCUUUCAUUUUUAAAAUGCCGAAAAACAAGAAGCCCCAGUCAGCAUCAUCUGAAUCUGAUUCGGAUUCAGGACCUGAUGAUAGAAAACCCCAACCUCCGUCGAAAAAGUCGAAGCCAGCUAAGUCGGAGGGAGGAGAUAAAGGAGGCUCUGGCUCCUCCAUGAAGAAGAACGCAGAAGGUGAAUAUGAAUGGGAGCUGGAGGGGACAAAGGCGGUCAAAGUACGCGAAUUCAAAGGGAAAAUCUACGUCGACAUUCGCGAGUACUAUGAGAAGAACGGCAAACUCCUACCUGGAAAGAAAGGAAUCGCUCUAACAGUUUCACAGUGGAGAAAAUUGAAUGAAAUAGCUGGAGAAGUGGAUGAUGUUGUAAGUUCAUUGUAAUUGAAAAUCUUCUAAUAUGUCAUAUCCAUUGGACUCUUCUAGAAACACUAUUAUCUGCUAAGUAUUUUGUCCAUCCAAGUAUUGUAACAACUCAGAGUGACUGAAAUAAUUAUGAUUAUUACAAAACCUAGAAGUUUCUCUUUUCACAUUACUGUAUUGUUAAUGAGAUGUAAUAGACUACAUAUUUAUACUAUGUAUCUUACAGCCAAUUAAGCGUGUUUAAUUUUCCUCUAUCACAUUUUCAAAAUAUUUUCUAAUAGUAAAAAUGUCCAUCAAUCAAUAUUUUUCCCUUCAAAUUGAUACGCACUGGGUAUUAAAAUUAUAAAUAUUUGUACAGUGCCAACUAGAGAAUUUUUCAGUUUGUUUAUAUAUCAAGUUACAUUUCAUCAGGUUGUCUCUAAAGAACAUUUUAAAAUAUUGAGAGUUAGUCCCCAAAAAUCUCAUAUUGUUGAAUUAAUCAACAAACAAAAUGGUCUUCUACUACUAAAUGUUGAAGAACUUGAUCAAAAAUCUAUUAUUAUGCAUUUAAUUAAAUAAUGGGUAGGCUAUUGAUCAAUUUCCUUGAAUCAAUUUUUCCCUGCACAUUGAUGUGUAGGAUUAUUAUUUGUGAUCAUAUAUUAAAUAUAUAUCUAGUAUAAUUGAAAAAGUGUAGAAUUAAGGGUAGAAUCGUUCAGUUUGUCAACAUUACAUUAUUACGUAAUAUAAUUUCGCAUUAUUGUAAGUACAGUAGGCUUAUCAGUAUCACAAGAGGUUUGAUAAAAGGAAAAAAUUGAAAAAUAUUAUACAACAGUAUAAUUUCAAUCAAUCAAGUAUAUCAUUACAGCGACAGUAUCAAUAUGUCAGUACAUACAUAUGUAUAUCUACCAGAUUAAAAAGAACAAUGUGUUGAUUAACUCUAUUAACAAAAAUAAUUGUCAUUUAAAUCCAUAGCGAUACUUAUGACGUUUAUUUGUUGAAUUUUGUUCCUUGCAUUAGAUGUGUACUUUUUAUAAAUUAUUUUGUUUUGUAUCUUACUAUCUUGCUAGUGUUGAAUAAAGUUAAGAAUCGGUCAGUUUGUCUCAUAGA